AUGAAUCCCUUUUAUUUUCAGUUGAUUAUUGUGAUAAUUCCUUAGAAUCGUUUGAAGCACUAGAAAAUUCGAGUGUUUCAAUAGGCUGCAAGGAUACACACAUUGUCAAUGAUUAUUCUACCGACAAUUGGAAGUAAGAUAUCAGAGGACUCAAUAGAAACAAGUAAAGUUAAUAAGAAUGAAAUUUUAAUUUCAAUGGAUCCUGAAGAGGCUGGCACUUGCGAUUUUUUACCAAUGUCGUUGAAUGAAAUUUCACAUGAUUCCAACAGUAACAUAGAAGACUUGCAACAUAUUUCCAUGUCCACUUUGUCAUCAAUUUUCGCUACUAAUAACGAAAAUUUAUUAGAUACACUUGGCAACAGAAAGCGAAGUAGAAUAGAUGUUCCUCGAGAAGUGUUGUUCCGAAAACGGUCAGUAAACCGUUCUAACUGGAAAGCUGUUGUCGCAAGUAUUGCACGAAAUUCAGAAGCAAUUUAAAUCUUUUUGGCGAUCGCAAACCGUAACAGACAAUGGGAUUUUAUUGCGUUGCAUACUAUAAAAAUAUUGAAAGUAAAAAAGAAUGCAGACAAGAAUCUAGAAAGUAUCUUUUUCAAGUUGAUGGCAAAAAAUGUAUUGUGUGCAAGACAAUAAGAGAGGUACAAAUAAGACGAGUAAAAUUUCUGACAGGACUGUAAAAAGCAUUGUCUAGCAUAUAAAUCUUUUUGAACG